GAAUUUGCUCGGCAUCGCGAUGGCCACCGAAACACCCAAGACGCCAUCUCUGCACACCAACACGAGCGUCAUGCAAGGCGGUGGCGCCUACAACAAAUCGGCGGUCGUCCAAAUGACGCUUGUCGACUACACCGAGUCGCUGCUACAAACGCAGCUCGAUCGAUUUGUCGCGUCCUUGCCGUCGACGCCAGCGCUCACAUUGCGCAUCGCCGACCUCGGUGCGUCCGAAGGGCGCAACUCGGUCGCGCUCCUCUCGGCGGUGCUCCGCCACCUCGAAGCGCGUCUGCCGACAUCCAUGGAGCGCGAGUACUUUGUCAUGCACGAAGACCAGCCCGACAACGACUUUGCAUCGCUCCUCUCGACGCUGCGGGCGCCCACAUCGUACGUGCAGUCGACGCCGAAUGUCUAUACGAGCGUGAUUGCCAAGAGCUUUUACGAACGGCUCUUGCCGUCGUCGUCGGUCGACAUUGUCGUCUCGUACAUCUCGCUGCAUUGGAUGUCUGCGAUCCCGCUGCCGCUGCCGGGCAACUACAUGACACUCAACGCUCCGACACGCGCCGCGCUGCCCGACAUUUGUGCCGCGUGGGCCGCCACCGCGCACCGCGACUGGGUGACGUUUUUGCGUCUCCGUGCGACCGAGCUCGUCGACAAUGGCGCCAUGUGUCUGACGAUGGCCGGGUUCGCCGACCACGCGGUCCAAGUGGCGUGGGCCAACGUCGUGCCGAGCGCGCUCGUCGAGUGCAUCCGCCUCGGGUGCCUCUCACAGGCGUCAAUGGACAAGAUGACGCUGGGUGCGUAUCUCCGGACGUGCGACGAGGUGCGCGCGGGCGUCGCCGAGGUGCCGGACUUGGAGCUCCACGAGUGCCAAAUGAUCGACAUGCCGAUUGUGGUGCCCAACGCCAAGGCCGGCGCGGCCUUUAUGGUGGCGACGACGACGCCAUCCGUGGUCUCGGCCAUGACAUUAGACGAGCGCAACAACGAAGCGUUUUACGCCACGUUUGCCGCGCAACUGGAGAAGCAGUUCGAACGUAGCGUGACGAUGCAUGGGGUCACCAAGCCGCUGUAUGCGCUCCUCGAGAUGCGCUACUUGUACUGCGCGCUGACGCGCAAGCCGCGCACCGCAUCGAGUUCGGCAUGAAGACAAGAUUAGUGUUGCUGUCCACAGCAGUAGUAUGACCAUCGAUGCAUAAUAGCAUUAUUCGUAGUACAUUUUAUAGUGUUGUCAUGG